GCAUGCAUUUUGUUGGUCAUCAGAGACGGACGAUCGUAUGCGUGCGAUCGCUGAGCGGGUGUUUGCUUCGGAGACCAAAGAUGAGGACGUCCGUGAGGAGAUAUCCAUGUUUGAUGUGGCUGAAGACUGUCCUAUCCUCAACCAAGAGCUGGCCCAGCACGUAGCAGAUGAUGAUGAUGUAGAGAAGCGUAAGAAACAUCUCAGCCGCACUCUACCCCAGCUAGAAGACGAACCAACCUACUUGGAGGUGCCUCACUUCCAGAGGGUGUCCAUCACUGGUGACUAUGCUGCUGGGGUGACCAUAGAUGACUUUGAUCUGGCUUGUAAGGGUCUGUACCGUGCCCUGACCAUCAGAGAGAAGUACAUGAAACUGGCAUUCCAAAGAUUCCCCAACACACCCUCUCAGUUCUUACGAAAGAUUGAAGGAGAGGAAUGGAAACCUGAAGAUCAGGUGUUUCCAGUCUUCACCCCUCCUCCUAAGGCUGGUGAGGAUCCUUUCUGUACAAAAGAUCUGCCUCCAAACCUCGGCUACGUUGCUCGCAUGAAGGAUGGUGUUAUCUACGUCUACAAAGACGCAGCAGCUGCUGAUAAAAACCAGCCUGUUAACCAUCCCGGUCCUGACCUCGCCACCUUUAUCGACGACAUGAACUUCCUCAUUGCUUUGAUUGCUCAGGGCCCAGUAAAGACAUACACUCAUCGUCGUCUGAAAUUUCUUAUGUCAAAGUUCAACGUGCACGAAAUGUUGAACGAGAUGGAGGAAAUGAAAGAGCUGAAGAAAAAUCCACACAGAGACUUUUACAACUGUAGGAAGGUUGAUACUCACAUCCACGCUGCUGCCUGCAUGAACCAGAAGCAUCUUCUCCGCUUCAUCAAGAGGUCCUACCGUGUGGACGGAGAUCGGGUCGUUCACGUUUUGAAGGGCAAGGAAGUAACCAUGAAGGAGCUUUUUGCUUCUCUCAAUCUGCACCCAUAUGACCUGACUGUAGACUCCCUGGAUGUCCAUGCUGGAAGACAAACCUUCCAGCGUUUCGAUAAAUUUAAUGCCAAGUACAACCCUGUGGGUGCCAGUGAGCUGCGUGAUCUUUAUCUGAAGAGUGAGAACCACAUAUCUGGAGAGUAUUUUGCCACCAUCAUUAAGGAAGUGGCUAGUGACCUGGAGGAUGCCAGAUACCAGUAUGCAGAACCUCGUCUGUCCAUCUAUGGCUGUAAUCCUAAUGAGUGGACUAAACUUUCGGGCUGGUUUAACAAGCACAGAGUCUUUUCUCCCAACCUCAAGUGGAUGAUUCAAGUGCCCAGAAUCUAUGACAUUUUCAGAGCCAGGAAUUUUGUGCCACACUUCGGAAAGAUGCUGGAGAACAUCUUCCUCCCAGUUUUCCAGGCCACUAUUGACCCACAGUCCAACCCAGAACUUAGUGUCUUCUUGAAGCAUGUGACAGGAUUUGACAGUGUGGAUGAUGAGUCUAAACACAGCGGUCACAUGUUCUCCACAAAGAGUCCUAAGCCCGAGGAGUGGGACAUUGUUAAGAGCCCAUCAUAUACUUACUGGAUUUACUACAUGUAUGCAAACAUUGCCCUACUCAACCAGCUUCGCAAGGAAAGAGGCAUGAACACAUUCCAGUUCAGACCUCACUGUGGAGAGGCUGGAGCUGUUACUCACCUGCUGGCCUGCUUCAUGACUGCUGACAACAUCUCUCAUGGCCUCAACCUCAAGAAGAGCCCUGUCCUGCAGUACCUGUAUUAUCUGGCCCAGGUCCCCAUUGCCAUGUCCCCUCUUAGUAACAACAGCCUGUUCCUAGAGUAUAACAAGAACCCACUGCCGGAGUUCCACAAGAAGGGCCUGAUGGUGUCCCUGUCCACUGAUGACCCCAUGCAGUUCCACUACACCAAGGAGCCACUUAUGGAGGAGUAUGCCAUUGCAGCUCAGGUGUUCAAACUCAGCACCUGUGACAUGUGUGAGAUUGCCAGAAACAGUGUCUUGCAGAGCGGCCUGUCUAAUGAGGAGAAGACUCACUUCCUCGGCACCAACUACUUGAAGGACGGUCCAGAGGGCAACGACAUACGCAAAACCAACGUGGCUCAGAUUCGCAUGGCCUACCGCUAUGAGACCCAAUGCUAUGAGCUGAACCUUAUUAAAGAGGGUUUGAUGGCUGAAUAAACAAACAAACAAACAUGCAAGUGGAUUUGCCAGACAGCUCUCCUUAAAUUAUUUGUUUAUUAUUCCAAUAAUUUGAUUGUAUUUAAAGUGUUUCUCUCUCCUUAAUUAUUUGACUUUAAAAAAAAAAAAAAGUCAUCAUGCCCAUGGGAUAAUUAAUCGCAGCAUAUAUUUUAAUGAGAGACAGCACUCCAUAUUCUGAGUCUUCUUGUAAACAGUUGUCUGAUUUGUUGAUUGCUUGUCUAACUCGUCUUGUGUCUGACCUCCAAGACAGUCUUAAAGCCAUAAAAGUUUACAUCCCUUUUGUGCCUUAAUGUA